AUGAAGGCAAAGAUCAGCAGGGAUACAGGUGUACCUGAAUCCACCCUCAGGAGUUGGUGGGAGAGGAGGAGGAGAGCAAGUUGCAAGAGUUCACACAGACUGUCCAUGGGUCAGAAGGACUGUAGAAAGAAGGCCUGGGCAGCCAAUGAUGAACAGCUGGACAAGGCUAUGCUAACCUGCUGGUUUGUGAAAGAGCAGAGCCAAGGGAAUCCUCUGUCAGGUCCCAUCAUGAGGCACCAGGCAGAGAAGUUUCACCACCAGCUCCAUGGAGCUGGGGGUGAGAGAGACUUCAUUGCCAGCAAGAGGUGGCUCCAGCAUUUCCAGAAGAGGCACGGCCUAGGAGCAGCGAAAAUGCAGGGAAAGCAGAGGUCAGCUGACACAGCAGCAGAAGACUUCUUCCUAGCCCAGGUGAAGGAAGAAGCAGCAGUAGCACCACCACCACCAGCCAAGAGCCACACUGAUGCAGCAGACUCCCUCCACCAGCUCAUUACUACCCUACACCUGAGAAACCUUCACAGGAGGACCCAGCUAUGA